AUGGAUGGCCGCCUUCCAAACCAACCAAAUGAUCUAAGCUGGGAGGUGAGGCUCAUUCUCCAAGACCUCAACACAAGUCUGGCCAACGGUCCGCCCGACUCCUCCGUCUGGAAGGAGUACCCUUUAUCACAGCGUCUCUGGAUCAUUAUCAACGAGCACCUCACUGCCCUGGCCGGACCACUUCAGUAUGGCUACUUCUCUCGCACCGAGACAUUUGUUCACCAAGUCCCUUCUCCUUCCCACGAGUCGUUGAGUCAAUCUUUUGCUCAGCUGGUUACGAGAAAGCUGUACAGGCUGUGCAGAGAGCAGGGAGUCCGAACGUUUGCCGGAAGAGUUGUACAUGCUGGUCCACCCGAUUCGAAAGCAGGAUCCAACUCCUGCCGCGAUCUCCAUCAACCAGACAUCUUCUUCUCCCACGUCGUCCUGCCAAAAUAUGGCGUCGCUGUUGAGAUUACCUACGCGGAGAAGCGGGACAGACUGCAGGAACUUGCUGAGUUCUACAUGCUCAAGAGCAACCGGAACACCCGACUGUUCAUCAACAUCGACUACGACCGCGGUCGCACCUGGAAAGUCACUCUCCGGACUUGGAGACGAGACUACACUGACCCUAUCGGCUUACGAUUGAGAAGUCGAGUCCAAGAGCUCCGAGGUGAAGAUGGCACCCUGGUUCCCGGCCCCCCGCUCCGAGUCUGCAUGCUUGACUUCGCACGUCAAGAACUCGUUCCACCAUUCCUACACGGUCGUGAUAUUGAACUGUCGGUGGAAGAGCUUGGGUCAGUGAUCGAGGAGGCGGACGCAUCAGAUUCAGAAGAAACAGAUUCGGAGCAAUCUGACAAUGACACCAGUAUGUCAGAUGAUCCAGCUGACACGGGGACGGAGGAAGUGGUCGAGUCAGAAUGGCCAUUCGAAAGACCAGGACUGCUCCCGUUCCCAUAG